AUGAGGGCCCUGCUGGACCGGUGCCGGUCGUCCAAGAAGGUUCGCGGCCGGCCGCCGGAGGGCUGCCUGGCGGUGUACGUGGGCCCGGCGAGGGAGCGGUUCGUGGUCCGGGCCGAGUGCGUCAACCACCGCCUGUUCCGGGCGCUGCUGGAGGAGGCCGAGGAGGCGCGCGGGCCCUACGGCUACGCGGCGGACGGCCCGCUCGAGCUGCCCUGCGACGCCGCCGCGUUCGCGCGCGCCGUCGCGGCGAUCGAGCGGGAGAUGGCCGGCGAGAGGCGGACGGCGGUCGGGGGCGCCGGCGGUAUCGUGUGGGCGGCGCAGCACCGGACGGUGGCGGUCGUUGUCGCCGGCGGCAGGCAGGUGAUGACCGUGGGCUGA